UCCAUUACCCACAAACUCCCGCCAGAGUCCUGCUUGGAGGAAAUCCGCUUUAGUGUAGAUUAUUGUAAUCCGACAGAAGGACGACACAUCGGAUCAGGACGCGGCGGCCGAGCUCAGCGGUGUGGAAAAGCGAACACGACUAAAUGGAUCAGGGCGGGAAAGAAACUUGACUAAAUGGAUCAGGGCGGGAAAGCUGGUCAAUGCGCGCCGCUGAGCCAGCAAGCCUACUCUGCCAGGAGAAAGUAAUAGAUUACAUUUGGCCGUGGCCUUUGCCCCCUUCCAGUCCACCUGACCGCCUGUCUGCUCCACUUUGCCCGCUUGGGUUCGCAAAGUGGUCCGAGACCGCCCAGCUAGCGCCGACAGCUAGUUAGCUAGCUAGCUAGCUAGCUAGCCUGGAGUUAUUUAGCGUGCUGGGCUCCAAACAUCCGUCAAAAUGUCGACGAAAGACCACAACAAAUUGUCCACCACUGAACGGCCCGUGAAAGCGGUGCCCUAUCCGCCGGGGACGCGCCUGACGGUCGACGACCUGUACGUGGACGGCAGGCCGAGCGUGGAGGUCCUCAAGGCUCACCUGGUGAAGGAGGGUCGCCUGGCGGAGGAGGCGGCGCUGCGCGUCAUCGACGAGGGCGCCGCCAUCCUUCGCCAGGAGAAGUGCAUGCUGGAGGUGGAGGCGCCGGUCACAGUGUGCGGCGACGUGCACGGUCAGUUCUUCGACCUGAUGAAGCUCUUCGAAGUGGGCGGAGCUCCCAGCAGCACCCGCUACCUGUUCCUGGGAGACUACGUGGACCGAGGCUACUUCAGUAUCGAGUGCGUCCUCUUCCUGUGGGCUUUGAAGAUCAACCACCCCGACACGCUCUUCCUGCUGCGGGGAAACCACGAGUGUCGCCAUCUGACCGAGUACUUCACCUUCAAGCAGGAGUGUAAAAUCAAGUACUCUGAGCGCGUGUACGACGCGUGCAUGGAGGCGUUUGACUGCCUCCCACUGGCGGCGCUUCUCAACAAUCAGUUCCUGUGCCUGCACGGCGGUCUGAGUCCCGAGGUCACAUGUCUGGACGACAUCCGCAAGUUGGAGCGCUUUAAGGAGCCGCCGGCCUUCGGCCCCAUGUGUGACCUGCUGUGGUCUGACCCGGCCGAGGACUACGGCGCAGAGAAGAACCAGGACCACUUCAGUCACAACAGCGUCAGGGGAUGCUCCUACUUCUACAGCUACGCAGCUGUGUGCGACUUCCUAAUGAACAACAACCUGCUGUCAAUCAUACGAGCACACGAGGCCCAGGAUGCAGGGUACCGCAUGUACAGGAAUAGUAAGACAACAGGUUUCCCGUCCCUCAUCACCAUCUUCUCAGCACCAAACUACUUGGAUGUAUACAACAACAAAGCGGCCGUGUUGAAGUACGAGAACAACGUGAUGAACAUUCGCCAGUUCAACUGCUCGCCGCAUCCUUAUUGGCUGCCCAACUUCAUGGACGUGUUCACGUGGUCGCUGCCCUUUGUGGGCGAGAAAGUGACGGAGAUGCUGGUCAACGUGCUGAACAUCUGCUCCGACGACGAGCUCAUGUCUGAGGGCGACGACACGUGUGAAGAGGGCACGCCCGCCGUCAGGAAGGAAGUGAUCAGGAAUAAGAUCCGCGCCAUCGGGAAGAUGGCCAGAGUCUUCUCCGUGCUCAGGGAGGAGAACGAGAGUGUGCUGCAGCUCAAGGGGUUAACGCCCACGGGCACUUUGCCACUUGGCGUGCUGUCGGGAGGACGCCGCACGCUGCAGAGCGCCACCGAGGAGGCGGAGGAAGCGCGAGCCGUGGAUGACUUCAAGCCGCCGCUCAGGAUCCAAAGUUUCGAGGAGGCACGAGGACUGGACCGCAUUAACGAGAGGAUGCCGCCCCGCCGUGACGCCCAGCUGCAGCCUCAGGCUCCUCUGGACGGCGACAAGAACGGCACCUAGCGCCCCUCCCCCCCCUCUUCGAAGGAGCGGCCAGCCAGCGAGUCGCAUGUCUCAACACAAACUUUUCUUUUUAGCUUGGCUGACGGCGUGGGGGCGGGCUCAGGAGGAUUCAUCAAUAAACAGCAAACACAC